AUGUCCUCGAAAUACGCUGACGCCGAAUUGUCGGAACAGGCUUCUGAGGGUGAUAGUGACUCAUCUUGUGUGUCUUUUCGACCGGACUGCAGCGAUAGCGAUGAAUCAGACGCCGAUCAAGCACCAGAGUCGACAACCCAGACUUCACCUAAGCCUUCACGGUCUUCUGAACAAUGCGAUGGAGUCUCCGGCAGCUCCAAACCCUCCGUGUGCGGCCCGGCCCGCUCUGGGGGCUUGCCAAAUUUUAGUGACGAUCCAGAUGAUGACACUGAUGAGGACAUUGCAAACAUUCCUCUCGACUAUGGGCGUUCUGAGAAAACUAAGGUUCGCGGGGUUCGAAUUGAGCAACGCUGGCACAAGUACUGUCGAGUGAAGGUCAAAACCCCUAAUGCGCUUUCGAAAUGGAACGAUCCGACGGAGGCUCUUCGACAGGUCACUCCCAAUGAUGUACAUCGGUUUCUCAACUACUGCCUGAAACUCAAGUAUGGCGAAGGUGGUAGACAUUUGAAGGGAACAACGAAAGCCAGCGCCCUUAAAGCUGAUUGGAAGACUUUCCGAGGCUAUUUUCGAAGAGUAACCCGUACCAGGAUCAGUCCUGAAGAUAGUGAAGAGAUAAAUGCGGGGAUUCGGAAACUGAUCGACAAGUUCAACCUUAACCAACAAGAGCGAGGCAAAGAACCGGUCUAUGUACAGGACUUGACCGAAUUGAAUGAGACCAUUCUUCGAACCCAGGAAAGGCGGUUUCAUUUUGGAUACGAGCGUAUUCAAAUGUGUCUCUUCAGCAUGCUUGGCAUUUACACCGUGAAUCGACUGAGUGCCCUGCUUUCGUUACAAUUGAAGCAUCUACAGUUCUCUAUACAGAAAGAUCCUCAGGGUGGCCCUCCUGUGCUUCUGGUGGAGAUCAGGUCAGAGCACACGAAGCAGUUCCUCGGGUCUGAAGCAAUCAAUACUUUUCCAUUCCCUGAAAUCAUUGACGACCCAUCUCUUGUCUUCAGCCCACAUGUAUUUAUAUUUGGUAUACUCUUCUGGCUGCAAGCUUUUGAGUCUCCGGGUCUUUCAUCUAUGGAGAGACUCCGAAGUCUUUUUGUUCAAGGCGGUCGCCAACAGAUGCCGCUCCCAUUGAAACCUGAGGUCGAGGAUCAUUAUCUUUUUUGCAAGACGGAAGUCGUCAACGGCCAUCCGGUUCUUCGAUGGGAUCAACACAUUGUUGAUGUUACCAUGUCCGCUCGACUCAGGAAUCUUGGAGAGAUUCACGGUUGGCUUCACUCGAUGUUUGCGCAUCGUAUGCGCUAUGGAGGCGGAAAGAUGUUGAAUAAUAGUGACGCGGUCAGUGAAGCCCAGCAGAAUCUGAUCAUGAAGCACGCAGAUUCUCGCACCUUUUUAAAUCAUUAUCUUCCUCGACAUGUUGACACGGACAUGCAAAAUGUGAUGAACGGUCGCAAAUCCAACAAAUCUCUCAUGCGCGCAGUCACCCGCAUGAGCAGGUGGAUCGAUACGAGGCGGCCUCGGCACCUGACAGCCGAGCAACGGGCGUCGAUCUGUGAACAUCCAGAGUAUAUCGAAGCGGUUCGCCAAUUGGAUGAGCAAGCUGAAUUUUGCAUCCAUGACCCGAGUGAGGAGAUGCGAUCGCGACGUGACAAACUCGCACGCGAAAAGCUUAACACGUUUGGCCGGCUGGAGAGGGCAUUGAGACAGAAGAUUCGAAAUGAGUUUGACCGCAGACAGGCGAACAUAGACAUUGAGCGGCAGCUUUCCGGAGCGGCUAUCGACGACAAGGAAGCGAAGGACGCACUGCGAAAAGACAGUAUGUUGCCAGAGCAGAUCAAUCUUCUUGAAAAGCUUUUCACCUGGCCAACUUCCAAUUCAUUGGAGGCGGAAUGGAAGAGACGAAAUGCAGCUGUCGUCGCAAUCUCGCAAUACUGUUGUCACCUUGAAGGUGGACCGCUACGUGGCCGACGCAAGCGGCCGGCUCCAAGCGAGGGGUCUGAUGAAGAGCAGGCAGCAACAGAAGUGCGAAAAACGACGACAACCUCCGUCCCUCCUGAAAUGUCGCAAGAUGACUUCCUUCUGGAGAAGGCGGGGAAGUAUAUCCGGAAGGCCAAGAAACCUCGGCGAUGUUUUCAAUGCUAUGGCGAUGCCCUGCUUCCUGUUCAUCGUCGAACGCAGAAAUAUAGUGAGUACAAGUCGACUUUGCGACACUUCCGAGAAAAGCACUUGAAGGAUCGGAAAUGUCAUAUGUGUAGCGAGGAUAUCCUACACGAAAUGCAUCUUCGUAGGCACGCCGAGGAUGUUCACCGUCUUGCCACUAAUCGCAACUACUACUCGAACGAAGCUACAGGGUCGGACAUAGAUACUGAUUAG